UGAUGGUGAGGACACCAACGCCCGCCACCAGACCAAGCUGUCUGAACCCCUAACCCUCCAAGGGGAUGCGGUGGCUCCGCUGGAGCAGCUGGACUCGCAGGAGUUCCACUCACUCCUGGACGCCACCAUGUCACGGUCGGUCACCCAAGCGAUUUAUUCUGCAAUGGGGGCUAUGUCUGACAAUCUCUCUCACUCCAUCACUACUGCUCUUAAGGCAUCCACCACCAAUUUGCCCCGCGCUAGAGCCGUGGCAGACGGGUCAUUACGCAGGGAAGGCCGGAAAGCCAUAAGCAAAACCCAUCACGUGCAAACUCCUACCUCCAAAAAAGAAUUGACGGACAGGGUACGUCCUGUCACCGCUGAGGUCGUGGGGCCCCCACGAAAGAGAGCCACCCGCCGGGCAAAAGCGGCGCGGACGUGGAAGAGGGCAAAAGCCCUGUCAGAUUCUUCCGACACUGAUUCGGAUAGUGAGGAGGUUUUGAACGAGUCCGACGAGAUCGACUCAAAUGAAUGGGAGGUCUCCUCCCAGGACCAUAGUCCGUCACGAGAUCCAAAUACCCUAAG